AUGGUCCUAAGAAAAGUUGAAUUGAAGGUAAACCUAGGUGGAAUGCUGCAGGCAUACCAAUCUAUUGAUACUAGCCAGCCUAACGAUGUGUUUAAUAAAUACGACGAGAAGGUAGCAUUUUUAUCUAUACUAAGGGACAUCUUUACGAAGAACCUAGAAAUAGAAAGUGAUGAGCUCAGUGGGGAAGAAAAGGAAAAAAUACUAAAAGUUAUCAAGAAUAGGCUCUAUACGUACUUCAUAGACAAUGCGUACCAAGUGGAUGCUAUAUACGAUUUAUGCGAUGCAAUAAAAAGCAAAAAAAAUAAAGUGGUUAAAACCGAGUUUAUCCAUCUAGUUAACGACAUGAUAAAGCCAAACUCGCUCAUAUACGACCCAGAGUAUGGCAUUCACAGACAGAUAAAGAAUGAAGCAGUGGAGCACAUGCUCUCCGAUGAUAAAAACCCCAACUUAACGACUAGAACAUACACUCUGGAGAUCGACGAUGCAAAGUUUUCAAACUUGGACGGCUUGCUUCAAUUUACCGCAGAGAGUCUGGAAAAUCUGUUCUUGGGCUAUGUUACGGUUUCUCGCAUAGCACUGAGCCUACGUAUUUUAAAAGAGCACUCGGGCAUAAAAACAUUUUACACUGCAGAAGAGCUGUAUGCAAAGACCAAAGAAACAGGUGUUCCGCUGGUCGAUUACGGACUGCAGUUUGUUCAGAAAAAUCACCAAAAGCUUUGCAGUCUAUUUCAGGAAAUUAGAAAAAGAAAGAUGGACUCUGGAGACAAUUCGAAAGAUAUAGCUAAAAAAAUUAGAAAAGUGUUUACCAAAGAAGAAGACUUAAAAAUAGUCAUUUCUAUUGCUAACCAUCUGGGAGACAUUCAACGAGAAAAGAGAAUAGAUAAAUACAUAACCAAAGUAAUAGAAUACAUGGCAAACACUGGAAUGCUGAAAGAAACAGAUGGUGCACCAAACACUCUGAGGCUAGAUGCUGAUUUAAGCAACUUUGAAAAAGAUUACUUGGUCGCUACAAAUCUAAAAAAACUAGCGAGCAAAAGAAAAUAUGAAGUCAUUCAAAAAAUAAAAGAGAAGGGAGAGGCUUUGGCAAAAGAGAGGGGAAAGUACCAACAAGCAGGAGAUGGAGAGACCGAAGAAAUAAUGCGCUCUAUUAAUAGCCUGAAAAACGAUAUAUAUCAGCUGAAGUGUGCUGAAAAGAAGGAAAUUCUAGCAUACAACAACAUUUUUGAGCUUUUAUGCAGUUUGCCCUUCCUUCCCAUCCUCUCUCCAGCACAGAAAAAGUAUCUGUUUAAAAAGACAGAAGCAUUUGGAAACUCGCUAAACAUAAAAGUGGUGACAAAGGAAACAGAAGAACAGAGGGAAGUAGAUGGAUAUAUAAUGCUAGAAAAACUAAAAAUAGAAGAGACAGAGGAAACAAAGCCUUCUUCAUCAGUUUUACUGCCCCGCAAAAAAGGCUUAAUUGGAACACUGCUACUAGGCGGUAUUACUCUUAUAGCAACAUCAGCACUGUCUCUCAAGCAUAAUUAUUCGAAGAAUAGCCAGAGAAUAGGUGAUACUAAUACUGAUAAUCUAUACUAUGCCAUGGACAGCAGCCAACUAAGAAACAUGAACAGCCAUAGCAUAUCUUGA